AUAAUAUGUCAUAGUUGUAAUGUUUUUUAUUAAUUUAAAUGUUAAAUUACGUAAACUAAUUAUAAAAACAUUAAAUACUUAUCAAGUUAUGGUGAUACAUUAUCCAUAGUGUGGUACCGUGGUAGUCAUGUCAGAUUGCGCGCUGGUAUCCAAUGUAAGCGAACACGAUGCGAGUAUGGAAGUGGGGAAUGACAAGUCUCUAUUCGAGCCCUCUGUUGAUAUGAUGGUAAAUGACUUUGAUGACGAGAGAACAUUAGACGAAGAAGAAGCUUUAGCCGCCGGAGAGCAACAGGACCCGAAAGCGGAACUCAACAGCCUUCAGAGGGAAGGUGAUAUGCCCUUGGAGGAACUACUGGCUCUGUACGGAUACGACAGAACCAUGGAGAAGGCCCCAGUAGCCCCAGAGCAGGUGCCCGAGGUGGUGCCUGAGGAGAUUGAGAAAGCUGAAUCAGCUUUACAACAGUUGUAUAGUGAGACUACUAGUCCAGAAGCCACGCGAUGCCUUAGGUCCGGCUCGAGACCGCCUUCCGAAGAGGAAGAUGACUAUGAUUACAGUCCAGAUGAGGAUGACUGGAAGAAGACUAUAAUGGUGGGUAGUGACUACCAGGCUGCAAUACCUGAGGGUUUGUGCAGCUAUGAUGAUGCACUGCCAUAUGAAAAUGAGGACAAGUUACUGUGGAACCCUAGUUUUCUAGAAGAAAAAGUUACUGAGGACUAUAUGAAAAAGAUAUGUUCAAUGAAUUCCCCGACAGGUGUUGAUGCUGUACCUAAGGGAAAACAGUUAAGAGAUGAUGAAGAGGCCCUAUUCCUACUACAACAGUGUGGUCACAAUGUAGAGGAAGCCUUAAGAAGGCGACGCAUAUCAGCCCAAACGCCUGCUCAUGCAAGCCUAUGGUCAGAAGAAGAGUGUCGUAACUUUGAAAAUGGACUAAAAGCCCACGGCAAGGACUUCCAUUUAAUACGACAACACAAAGUAAGGACUCGCUCAGUUGGAGAGUUGGUGCAGUUUUAUUACAUAUGGAAAAAGACAGAAAGACAUGAUAUAUUUGCAAACAAAGCACGUUUGGAGAAGAAAAAGUAUACAUUGCAUCCUGGUCACACUGACUACAUGGAUAGGUUUUUGGAGGAGCAGGAGGCUUCCGGUGCAGGGGUUGUGAGGCCAGUAUCCCCAUCUCCAAUGAUGGAGUUUGGCCCUUCUCCUGCCACACAGCCUGACCCUCUGGCCCUGGGAGAAAAGGAGGUGUUCUCUCAGCUGAACGCCCACACACCACCUCCACGAGCAUUGUCUAUGGAGGAACAAGAACCUCCAACAGGCUCCUAAUACAUGUAUUAUUGGCACAGGCCAUUCGUAGAGAGCACUGUUUGUAACAUACUUAACUAUGUUGUUAUUAGAUUUAAGCAUAUUUUUUCCUUAUUCAUAACAUAAUCUUUUUUUAAUAAUAUUUUAUAUGAAGGACUGACUAUGAACGGAUUUU